GUAUUUAAACGGAUCAGAGAGGUGUAAGAAGAACGCGUUCCUCUCUCAAAGUUCGGGAAGAAUAGACAAUAGACGAUGAAGGGAAUAAACAGAAUAUACGGAAUCACCAUUGCCUUCCUGGCAUUGUGGAUCGUAAUCAACGCAGACGCGCCCACGAAAUGUCCGUACCCGUCAGAGGAAUUUCCAGAAAACACCACGACCAAUAUCGCGCACGAAAUCGAUUGUACCAAGUUCUACAAGUGCCACGUUGGUAAAGGAGUCGAGCAAAAAUGCCCCUUGAUGAAUAAGGACGAUGACGUAUCAAGACUGCAUUUUAAUAGAGAAAAACAGGUCUGCGAUUGGCCGUGGGAGGCCGGGUGCGAUGCUUGCCCUCCAAAAAUAAAUAACGAAUGGCCGGAUGCUAAGUUACCUGCCGAAAACGGCGAUUGUAGGAAGUAUUACGUAUGUGUAAGGGGUAAUCCAGAAGAAAGGCUUUGUGCUGCAGGUACGUGCUUCAGUCGCACAUGCCAGGAUUGCGUUAAAAACCGGGAAGGUGGGAAUUGCGGAUCAUUACCACCAUCAACAACAACAACAACAUCAAGAAGACCACCAACACCGCCACCAGUGUGCCAACCGGACGGCGAUCGACAGCAACAUGAUUGUAACUGCGUUUUGUAUUACGAGUGUCACAUUGAUUUGGGCUGGGUACAGGAAACAUGCCGAGGCGGUCUUCAUUUUAGUCCGACGGAAAAAAGAUGCAUGACCCCGGACAAAGCUGGUUGCAAAGUGUUGAACGAAUAAUAGAAAACUUGAUAGCUGUCCGAAGUCGAAUUUCCCAAGAAUGGAUAGUGUCACGAUUGCAGAUUGUUUUAUGGAUGGCAAAUUUGAAAAGUAAACCUACUAUUCUUGAGGAUUCUGUUUGAAAUGGUUGACGAUACAUUCCGGAAGAUAUAAUAUAUAAAAAUGCCAGAAUUUAAAUCACUAAAACGAUUGAGCGUAGAUGACUAUACUGAUUUUUUAGAGAAAUCAAAAAUCUUUUUAGAGAAUCUAAAACUGAAAGCAGCAACGAGUAUAAAGAGAAAAUAUGUAUAUGUAUUGCGAGCUUAUUAAAGUUACAUUAUUAAAUUUGUAAGAGUAGAUUA